CGCCUGCCAGCCAUGGCCACAGCUGAGACUGCACUACCCUCCAUCAUCAGCACGCUGACCGCCCUGGGCUCCUUCCCAGAUAUCCAGGGCUCUCUCAAGUGGUGGCGCUCCAUGGAGGCGCAGGACGUGGGCCCGGGUCCCCCCGACCCAACGUGGCAGCUCCUUCACGUGAAACUAGAGUCGGACGACCCUUCCGCCGAGGACGAAGACAACGACGACCAGACCUGCACCGCCGCCUGGGACCUGGAUCUCUCCCUAAGUAACUUCUCCAGCACCGAGCCCGGCUGCGCGCACGGGGCCAGCGUUCUGGCUCCCAGCGAGGGCCCCGCAGCGCCAUACCCAGCGCUGCCCGAGACUCUGGGCGCGUAUGGGGGCGGCCCGGGGCUGGUCCCUGGGCUCUUGGGUCUCGAGGAGCCCUCGGGGUGGGCGCACGCUGCCCCACGAGCCCUAGCCCCCGACGCCUUCGUGGCUCCAGCCCUGGCCCCGGCCCCCGCUCCAGCUCCCAAGGCGUUGUCGCUGCAGCCGGUGUACCCGGGAUCAGGCGCAGGUUCCUCGGGGAGCUACUUCCGGCGGACAGGGCUUUCUGUGCCCGCCGCGCCGGGCGCCCACUAUGAGCUGUUGCCCGGGUACCCCGCGCUGUACCCGGCGCCGCCGCAGUACCAAGGGCACUUCCAGCUCCUCCGCGGGCUCCCGGCGCCUGCGCCCGCGCCAGGCUCCGCCGCCGCGCCCUCCUCCUUCCUCAGUUGUCUGGGACCCGGCACGGUGGGUGCUGGACUCGGGGGCACCUCAGGAGAACCAGACCUGAUGGCCGUGGCUGCGCCGACCAAGCGCAGCCGAAACUCGUUGCCGCGCUCGUGGCCGCGCAGGAAGCAGGCGGCGCACGCGUGCGCGCACCCGGGCUGCGGCAAGAGCUACACCAAGAGCUCCCACCUGAAGGCGCACCUGCGCACGCACACAGGGGAGAAGCCCUACGCCUGCACGUGGGACGGCUGUGGCUGGAAGUUCGCGCGCUCGGACGAGCUGACCCGCCACUACCGCAAGCACACGGGACAGCGGCCCUUCCGCUGCCAGUUCUGCGCGCGCACUUUCUCCCGCUCUGACCACCUGGCUCUGCACAUGAAGCGCCACCUGUGA